AACAAUAAAUUGCACAGUUUCCCAGGUGCCCUUUGCUAAGCAAACGUAAUCAUUUGAGUGGGUUAAAAGAAUAAACAUUCCGGCACAGAAGGGGUGUGUGGGAUGCUGAUAAGGGGGGGGGAGGAUGUCCACCCAAGAGCAGGGACUUAAAUCCUGCUCAGGUGAGAGCACAGGUACACAUCCUGAUCUGAGGAGCCUGGACAGGCAUUGAAAAAUGAUGGCCAAAGUGCUCUUGCCACUCAUGUUGCUCCUUGCGGCCGUGUCCUCCACCUUCGGAAAGGCACCGGAUAAGAAAUACAUUCCAAAGACCGGCAAGCGAGUCCCUCAAAACGACGUCUAUCUUACAGGAUGGGGCGAUCAACUGAUCUGGGCUCAAACCUACGAGGAAGCACUGCACUGGUCCAGAUCAAAGAACAGGCCUCUGAUGGUCAUUCAUCACCUCGAUGAUUGUCCACACAGUCAGGCACUGAAGAAAGAAUUUGCUGAAAACUAUGAGAUCCAGAAAAUACUUGAUGAAGACUUUGUCGUCCUCAACCUGGUGCAUGAAACUACAGACAAACAUCUCUACCCUGAUAAACAGUAUGUCCCCAGAAUUCUCUUUGUCGACCCUUCAAUGACAGUGAGAGCUGAACUAGUCGGGCCCUACAGCAACCGCAUGUACACCUAUGAGCCCGGUGAUAUCAAAGUCUUGAUGAGCAACAUGCAGCUGGCCAAGAAGCUCCUCAAGUCUGAGCUCUGAAACCAAGGACGAGGCUCCACAUUAGGACACAAUCUGGUGUUUACCAUCAGAGCCGAUGCCAACACGAUGGUGUCCUGACAGUUUACAGAAAAGACGA